ACACUGAUAUAAACACUUUUAGUAUCGGACCCUGAAAACUGAAAAACUGAAAUGAAUUAAAAAACCUGCGAAGUAAAAGGUACCUUUUACUAAUAGGUAAGGUAAGGUAAUCAUUUUUAUGUACAUAAUUUCGGUUUUCAGGGUCGGAUGACUAUAAUAGAAUAAAACGUUUUUAUAUGUGUUUUAUAUGUUAUUUUCAAAUAUAGAUCACACCAUUCUUUUUUGUGUUAAUGACACGGAAAACAGAAGUUUCCUACCAGCACCUAUUCACUUACAUAGACUGCAACAUAUUUAGUUUGGAUGGAGGCUCUUUUAUUUCGGAUUAUGAGAGGGCUAUGAGGAAUGCGUUAAGAAAUUUGCACCCUAACACCAAUUAUUACGCUUGCUGGUUUCAUUUUUGUCAAGCUUGUAAAAAAAAUGCAAGACGCUUUCCAGGAUUUGAAGUUGCAAUCAAAAAUAACAAAAGUGCAUAUAUACUUUUCCUUAAAUUUCUACAUUUGCCUCUUCUACCCGCAAAUUUAAUACUGAAUGCAUUUAAUGUAUUAAAAGUCGAGACGAUUGCGGUCAGCAAGACGUUAUUUGACCCUUUUGUUACAUAUUUUGAACAUCAAUGGCUUAAAUCGGAGGGAACAGAACGCAUUUCAGUUUUUAAGAGGAACACAAGGACGACCAGCUCGAUUGAAGCUUAUAAUCUAAACUUAGGGAAGAAAAUACAUGCAAAAGGGCAUACGUUCAAAUUUGUGAAAUGCCUCAUUGAUGCGGAAUACGAAAAAUCAAGAGAAUUCGCACUCUUAUUUCAGAACGGCGGUCUAGGAAACGCUGCACCGAAGCGCCAUUUGCGGGACCGAGCCGAAAAAAUAAUGGACGAAAUGAAUUUGUUGGAUCGCCAAGAAAUUGAUGUCACCGGAUUUUUAGCGCGGACUGUGGGUCUCUGCGACAACUUCCACAAAAAGGAUAUUUUUGAUUCAAUCGACGAGGAAAUGACACCAAACUUACCAAAUCUGGCUUCUUUGGACAUUUCCAUUUCUUCAUCCAGUUUAAAUGAAGUACUUAAUUGAAUUAAGUUUAAGUCGAGCAUAAUUCUCAAA